GAGCAGGAGACGUCUGUGGGUCUGCUGUAAUAAGACUCGGUUACUAACAAAUCUCAUUUACAAGAAAGGACCUCCUAACCCCCUGUUAAUCAGCUGUUGUAGCAUUUUCAGUGCCAGAGUUUCACUGUCAACAGCUACAGUGAGAUAGAGGGCUGCACAGGCUGGUGAGAGACAACGCUGUGGACCAACCAUUCACUGUUCAUGACUGGAUUCUACCAAGAGACAAGGAAAUGAAAACUGUCACACUACUCAUCAUUGCGGCACUCUACAUUACUAAUGUGGUGUUAGGAGAAGCCCAGAACAGCUCCUCAGGCUGUGCUGACUUCAGCAACACCACCUGGCUGGAGUACAGGCAGGGCUCCAAGCUGCAGGUGCACUACCUGCUUUUCACACGCAGAAAUGCACACUGCCCCAGCGUCUUCAGCCAGGACUCCCUCAACAGCACACGCACACUCUUCAACCCUUUUCUGCCGACCAAAGUCAUUGUCCAUGGAUACAGGGCUCUGGGGACCAAGCCGUCGUGGGUGAGUGUGCUGGCGCGAGCGCUGCUGGGUGUCCAGGAUGUGAACGUGGUGGUGGUGGACUGGGUGUACGGAGCCUCCUUCGCCUACAACCUGGUAGUAGAAAACUACAAGGAGGUGGCGGUACGAAUCUCUGUCCUCAUCAACCAGCUUCAGAAUCAUGGAUGCAAACUGGAAUCCUUGCAUUUUAUUGGUGUUAGUCUGGGAGCACACGUAGCAGGGUUCGUAGGAACCUUGUUCGAGGGGAAGCUGGGAAGAAUCACAGGUCUGGAUCCAGCUGGCCCAAUGUUUAAGGGAGCAGACACCUUUGACCGCCUUGACCCCUCAGAUGCACUGUUUGUGGAUGCCAUCCAUACAGACUCUGACUACUUUGGUAUCUCCAUCCCAGUUGGCCAUAUCGACUUCUUCUUAAAUGGCGGGAUGGACCAAGCUGGGUGCGCUCGGUCCAGGUUUGCUUCAAUUCUUGUGUAUUUCCCAGUGUAUGGCUAUGUGAUAUGUGACCACAUGAGGGCGCUGCACGUCUACAUAAGUGCCCUUAAUGGCUCGUGCCCAUUGAUCGGCAUUCCCUGCUCAAGUUAUGAAGACUUCCUCAAAGGCCAAUGUGUGGACUGCAAGGGUGUCCUUAAUGGCACCUGCCCACAAAUAGGGUUAUCAGACAACAGUGGGAUAACAGUCUCUCCUCCUCCCAGAGAACAAAGACUUUUCCUCCUCACAAUGGCAGCCCCCCCUUUCUGUGCACACCACAUCCUGGUGGAGUUGGAGGUGUCUCCCCUGGACAAGAGUGCUGAGGUGGAGGUGGUUCUUGGCACUCAGGGUCUGCCUCUGACAGAGCAGAGACUCAGAUUAGAGACAGGCCGUACUGUGUACAGGAGAGUGGUAGCCCACCCCUUGCCUCUGUGUGAGAUCGACUCCAUCCUUCUGAAGAACACGGGUGCUCGGUUCUACAGACAGGGAGAUAUCCACUUUGUGUCCGUGUGCUUGUCGGAGAUUCCCUACCUCAGGAAGGAGGAGCCGGUGUGCGUGAAGAACGUUGCUGUACGCCGUGGAGUUCCGUGGGCCCAUGACUUGGUGCAGGUGUGUGGGAGCACCUGAGGGUUGAUACUGAGCCUCCACUCACCCUCGUCCUCCGGUCUCACCCACAUUCAUGCAUGGGACACUAGCUUCAACAGGCGAGAGAGAUGUGUUUGGGUGUAGGCUUCUACAUGGCACAGACACAUCCAAGUUACACACUCACUUUACCAUGCUCUUUAUUUACAACCAAACAGUAGAAAAGAUGGACCUCUCAUUUUUUCUAGACACUAGUGUUUAUGCCGGAUUUUCCCACAGCAACAGAACUGCAUAUCUGCAUAUUGCUAAAUUCCAAUACAAAUCAGAAGAAAUACACUAAUUAUAACAAUCCUAUAACGUAUGCAUUCAUCUCUAAAGAAUGAGGGGCAACAGUCAUCAUACUGUAGCAGAGGGGAGAUUUCAAAGCAUUUUGACCCAGAGUUUAAUCGAGAAGCAUUGGCCCCAUGAAACUGUUUCUAUGAUGUAUCUUUGGACAUCCUUAAAACAAAACAACAAAAGCACAGUUGAUUCACAGUAUUCAGUUCCACUGUCUGUAUACUGUGAACUCAGUUCAUUAUCUAGUACAAAUAUCUACUGCACAUGGACCAAACACUGCAAAUCUGUGAAUUAUAUUUCCAGGUAUGUCCGCAAGCGAAUAUAAUUCAGACUUUACAGCACUUUGCAUAAACCAAUAAGAUACAUGUUCCCUUUACCAACUGUUCAUUUCAAAAUAAACAACUGCUGUUCCAGAUGAAUUAUAGAUGCAUGUGUGAGUGAAGUAAAAACAUCACUUAAGUGACCUGACUAAUAAAACGCUCUUUCUCUGGU